AUGUCGUUUCCGAAUCCCUAUGGCGGACAGUUUCCUGGUGGUGAAAACUACUCCACCCCGUCCACGCCGCAUGAUGCGUUCCCGCGGUGGGACACGAUCGAGGGUGAACAACAGCAAGAACAGCAACACCAGCAACAGAACCCCCAACAGCAACAACAAACGGUUAUCCCGAGUGAUUUGCAUUCGCCGAUUGCAAGUGGUUAUCCCCAGACGAUUCAGCUCGAAGAUCCCCCGGUCGUACCAAGCCAACAUGAUGCCGAACACCCAAUCCAAGAACGUCCAAUCACAGCCUCUGUCUUCCUCCAGCUCGAUGAUCAUCAGGCCAGGAAGAGGACAGCAGCACCACCAAGCGCAACAGCAGGCCCACCCGUAUAG